AUGUCAGAAUCAAGUUGGAAUUCACAUUUCCAUCAUAAUCAACCUUACGACACCUCCUCAUACGACAGCGACAACAACAAAAACAAUAACAAUAAGGGAAGUAUACCUAUUUCUCCUAUUUCUCAACAAAAUCUUUCUUAUGCUCAAUAUGGACAAGUGCAGAGUCACGAAAGUGUUAAUAUAACACAGCCAAGCAGCUAUGAAACUAAUAUUAGAAUUAACGAUUCUGAAAAACACCUCUCUUCAGCUUCUUUUAAUAAUACUGGAAGUAUAAAUGAGAAGGAACAAUUUCAGGAGCCUCCUACACCAACAACUCAACAUGGAAAUUAUACAAAUGAAGGACUUACAGACAGUGAUGAGGAAUUAGCUAAACGUUUGUAUCGUGAAGAAUCUGAAAAUUAUCGUGGGCAUAAUACGGUCGCAGGAAGUCAAACCGGUGGAAUGUAUAGUCCUAAAGGAGAGGCUGCAUCUUACUACGCAAAUGUGAAUGAGCCAGGACAAAGAGUCUCUGGAGCACAAAUUCAAGGAACUACAGAAAACACCAACAAACAUCCAAAACUAGCCAGCGUACAUGAUGAUCCUAAAAUACAAGCACAGUUGGCAAGGCGACCAAGAUGGAGACCAUAUUUUACAUGGGUUGUUACUACUAUUCAUUUAGCAAUGUUUAUUUACGGAUUUAUAAAAAAUCAAGAAUUAUAUGGAACUCUUAUUCAGACACAACCUCUUAACCCAAUGAUCGGUCCAUCAUCAAUGACUUUAAUCCAACUUGGAGCAAGGUUUAAUCCUUGCAUGCGCCCAGUUGCAAUUCAAGGAACAUUUGAUUAUCAAUUGCAGUGUCCUUCAAAUGUGGAAGGGCAAUUUGUUGUUCAGCAAUGUCCAUUAAAAACGGCAUGUGGAUUUGAUGGAAGAGGAUUUAGAGACGAGGUUCCAGAUCAAUGGUUUAGAUUUAUCACACCAGUAUUUCUUCAUGCAGCAUCAGGCUCACUCUUUGGCAUUAUUGGGAUUUUAUUAUUAGACAUGCUUCAAAAUUGGAAGUUAAUAGCAAAUCCAUGUUUGGAACUUACAAAGUUGAUGUUGAUGAUAUUGUUUUCAUUUUUGAUAGGUCUUUUGCCAGGUUUAGAUAAUUUUUCACAUAUAGGAGGAUUUAUUAUGGGUAUAUUAACUGGGAUGAUUUUAUUGCCGACUAUUAAAUUUUCCAAAUUUCAUAAAUGGACAACGUGGAUUCUAAGAAUUGUAGCAAUCCCGGCAGUGGUAUUAUUGUUUUUCUUCUUGAUCAAAAAUUUCUAUACAAGUGACCCAAGGGAUAAAUGUCCAUGGUGUAAAUAUCUUGGUUGUUUGCCUGUAUUUGGAUGGUGUGAUAUCACUGGAAUACAAUAA